UCGAUAUAGAAGCCUCAUGUCAAUACUCUCCGGGAUCGAGAACUCUGUAUAAAAGUAUCGCCCACAAUCGUACCUGGAUCAGUUGGGGCUAAAUUCGGGCCGAGAUCGAAAGUCCAGCAUGCAGUGUAUUCUACCCGUUCUCCUUUGCCUUUGGGUCCUUAAUCCCGUCGAGAUCACAGCGCGUCAGGUCAGGAUCAAUCGGUAUGCGGUCAGUGUGCAGGAGGAUCAGCCGGCAGAUGCUAGGGAUGCCCCCUAUCCGGCGGCGGGCUAUAGACCACAAGGUCGCUCCUUCUGGCUGCCAGGCGAAGUGGAAGUAGAGGUCCAAGAAGGGCCGGGUGUAGUGGAAGUUGCGGUUCAGGAAGGCUCUGGCUUGGGGACGGAUCAGCUGACAACCACAACCGAGCUGCCACUCGAGGAUUUGUUAAGCAGCACUACAGAUUCAACCGAAGACUGGAGCACGACCACCAACUGGGACUCCGUAGACACUACCACAGCUCCUCCAUCUGUGGAAUCCCGUUCCAGUCGGGCUUUUAUAAAGGCGCCUUACCCACCAGCUGGCUACCGACCAAGUCGCGCCUUCCGCCUGCCCACCGAGCAGGAUACGGAGGAGGAGCAGCAGACCUUAUCCAGCAACUCCACCGACAGCAACGCCGAUCACCCAAUCUGCGGUGUCAGCACUGACCCCCUGAAACCCACUCCGGAGCCAGGAUCCAAGGAUGAGCCCGACUCGGAGAGUGUGCUCUUUACUGCCGAUGUGGGACCUGCUGUGGUGGUGGCUAGAGUUCCUUCCUCCAUUCCGGUGGCUAUUCCCCUGCGAUCGCGGCUUCCGAUCCAGGCUGCCAGAUCGCGGAGAUUUGUCUACACCACGCAGGAGCAGCGGUGGUGAUCGAACGCGGGGAAGUCAUAAUCAUUGUUAACAGUUCAGUAUUUUAAGUUACUUUUGUGAAUGAAGAAUAAAUGUUCUCUAUUG